AUGCACCACAAGAAGAUCGCUUGCAGCUUCAUGGCUGCUUUGGCUGCCUAUGCCUCUGCUGCCGACUCGGACGUUAGCCAGCUUACCCAGGACACAUUUGACGAGUUCGUCAAGUCCAACGACCUUGUCCUCGCUGAGUUCUUUGCUCCCUGGUGCGGUCACUGCAAGGCUCUCGCCCCCGAGUACGAGGAGGCUGCCACUACCCUCAAGGAGAAGAACAUCAGACUCGCCAAGAUCGACUGCACUGAGGAGUCCGACCUCUGCAAGGAGCACGGCGUCGAGGGUUACCCCACUCUCAAGGUCUUCCGUGGCCUUGAGAACGUCACUCCUUACUCUGGUCAGCGCAAGGCUGCUGGUAUCACCUCAUACAUGAUUAAGCAGUCCCUCCCCGCUGUCUCCAUCCUCACAAAGGACACCCUCGAGGAGUUCAAGACCGCCGACAAGGUCGUUGUCGUUGCCUACCUCAACGCUGACGACAAGAGCUCCAACGAAACCUUCUCCAAGCUUGCUGAGGGUCUCCGUGAUACCUACCUCUUCGGUGGUGUCAACGACGCCGCUGUUGCCGAGGCCGAGGGUGUUAAGGCCCCCGCCCUGGUUGUCUACAAGGCUUUUGAUGAGCGCAAGAACACCUUCACCGAGAAGUUCGAGGAGGCGGCUAUCUCUUCUUUCAUCUCCACUUCCGCUACUCCCCUCAUUGGUGAGGUCGGUCCUGAGACCUACGCUGGCUACAUGUCCGCUGGUAUUCCCCUUGCCUACAUCUUCUCUGAGACCGAGGAGGAGCGCAAGGAGCUCGGCGAGGCCCUCAAGCCCAUCGCUGAGAAGUACAAGGGCAAGAUCAACUUCGCCACUAUUGACGCCAAGGCUUUCGGUGCCCACGCCGGUAACCUGAACCUCAAGACUGACAAGUUCCCCUCUUUCGCCAUCCAGGAGGUUGUCAAGAACCAGAAGUUCCCCUUCGACCAGGAGAAGGAGAUCACCCACGACAGCAUCGCCAAGUUCGUUGAGGAGUUCGACGCUGGCAAGAUUGAGCCCAGCAUCAAGUCUGAGCCCAUCCCCGAGACCCAGGAGGGUCCCGUCACAGUUGUUGUCGCCAAGAGCUACAACGACAUUGUCCUUGACGACACCAAGGAUGUCCUUAUUGAGUUUUACGCUCCUUGGUGCGGUCACUGCAAGGCUCUUGCUCCCAAGUACGACGACCUUGCUUCUCAGUACGCCGCUUCUGAGUUCAAGGACAAGGUUGUCAUCGCCAAGGUUGACGCCACCCUGAACGACGUCCCCGAUGAGAUCCAGGGUUUCCCUACCAUCAAGCUCUACCCCGCUGGUGCCAAGGACGCUCCUGUUACUUACCAGGGCUCUCGUACCAUCGAGGACCUCGCCAACUUCGUCAAGGAGAACGGCAAGUACAACGCCGAGCUCUCCAUCAAGGAGGAGGGUACCGAGGAGGCUGCCCCCGCCGCCAGUGAGGAGAAGAAGGACGAGAAGGCCGACGAGGAUGUCCAUGAUGAGCUGUAA